AUGAUGGAAGUCUGUCCGGCGCUGGAGUGGCUGGCGUUGGAGGGCAACCUGUUCUAUGGCGGCUUCCGUGAGCUCGAGGUCGAGCAGCUUGGCCCUGCGCUCCAGACGCUCCAGACGCUCCAGCUGGAGCAAUACGUGCUGGUGGAAGACGAUGAAGAUGUGCUUGAGAGGUGCAUCAGGCUCUGCCCCCAGCUGCAACGGUUCCAGUACGUGGCUACGCCCAUGACAUGGCAGCGGGCGGAUAGGCCGAUGACCGUUGCCGACCUGUUGGAUGCUCUGGCUCCUGCCCAGCUGACUUUGCGGUUCCUCGAACUUGACCUCAGCUACAUCAUUCGUCCGUACCGCGAAGACGAGUUCGAGCACAUCAGCCUGCUGCAGUAUCUUUCCCGCUUCGAGGAGCUGGAGACGCUGUAUCUCGACCAGGACAGCAUAUGUUUUCCGUCGGCACACGAGUCGAGUGAAGAGGACGGGAAUGAGGACGUCGCGUACGAAGCGAUAUGCAUUGUGGACAUGCUGCCUCGGACGGUCAAGUCGCUGGGAAUCCGGGUGCCGGAUGGCAACAUGCGGAUGCACGACGACAUCGAAACCCUGGGGUUGAAACGGCAGGACGGAAUGUUUCCGGAAUUGACGAGGUUUGAGUUGGUGAUCAAGUCGGGGGAUCGCGGGAAUGGGCGAGCGGGCUUGCAGAACGAAGUCGAUUAUGUAAGUCGUGUGGUGCUGAAGGCAUUUGAGGGGACGUCGGUGGAGGCGACGGUGCGGGUGCAAGAGGUCUACGGCCCCAUGAGCUUCAGCCACUCGGGACGGCGCCUGGAGGCGCGCGAGCGCAGCGAGGAUAUUCCCGACGGCUGGAUUGGCGGGGAUGAAUGGAGGGCGUUUUGA